AUGGUUAGACAUACGUUCUCUAUUCUCAUACUUCUUUGGUCAAUUACCCAUGGCUUUUACGGACCUGGAGGGACUCAUCAUGCUUCAAAGAGUCAGUCCUGGAACAAUCAGAACCUUUCCUCUGUCCCCUUGGAUCUGGAUGGAAGGCUCCGAAGGCUUGACCUGUCAAAUAACUUCAUCACACAGUUACAUGCCUUUGCUCUGCCGUGCUUGGAGGAGCUUGACCUGAGCGGCAACCAGAUGGACCUUAUCUCCGAGGCGGCUUUUGGAAACCUGGCUCGGCUUGAACAUUUGAAUUUGUCCAGGAAUCGACUGAGCGUCAGCCUUGGCAGCAACAGCAAAGCCCUCAGAUCCCUCGGCGGACUCAAGAGCUUGGAUAUAUCAAUGAAUGGCUUGAGCAAUGGCGCUGCUGAGCUAUUGCUGAGAAACAAGUCUUCCCUUGAUCAACUUAAGAUGACUGGUAAUGUUUUAAUAAAACUGUCACCCAGCCUGUUUGGAGAGAGCAGAAGUAUAAGGAGUCUUAUUAUUGAGGAUAAUCUGAUAUCAGAAAUAGCACCGCAGACGUUUGAACCACUAAGCCGAUUAGAAUCUCUCAACUUGGCGAGAAACAAUCUUGCAUUUAUCUGUGAUUUUACGUUGCACCAGGUGAAAUAUCUGAAUCUCAGCAGAAAUUCAGUGGAGUUCUUUGUUACUCCAGAGGAUGCUGUGUUGUACAAUAUUGAAGUUCUUGACCUCAGUCACAACAAGCUGUUAUACUUCCCAGUUCUACCAAAAAUGAACCGACUAAAGUAUCUACAUUUACAGAACAAUUUGCUUGGUGCUCUGGAUUCGGAGGCUGCGAUGGUAACUGAAGUAAACUCUCUUUAUCAGGACGUUGUAAAUGAGACGACAAUUCAAAAGAAUUAUUUUCAUGCAAACUGGAGGCUGAUGCCGUUGGUUUACAUUGACCUGAGCUUUAACCGCUUUGCCUCUUUUCCUCUUGAGACGUUGAGCUUGCUUAACUCUUUAGAAACGCUCAAUUUUAGCCACAACUGUUUGCAAAACAUAAACUGGGAUGUUAGAAAUUAUAGUGAUCCGAGGCAAGUUCGUCAGAUAAUUUUCCAUUCCUUAAAGCACCUCGACUUACAUGGCAACAUCCUGACCCGUCUGCCCCUGCUCUUCCUCAAGGCGCUCGCACAAAUCGAAACACUGAAUCUACAAGACAAUUCAUUGCAGCCUUGCGGCAUGUUGAGUGGGUCUUUGUCAAAAAAUCGUAUAGAUUUUGAUCAUUUCUGCACUGCGUUUGGGCAGCUGAAGACUCUUAAACACCUCAAUCUUGGAGAAAAUAACAUAAAAAUACUUCCGCCAAACGCCUUUCAGGGGACCUCACUCGUUUCCUUAAAUCUUGCCAAAAACCUCCACAUGCUAAUACAUGAGAUGGCGCUGGAAGGUGUGCAAACGACUUUGCAGUCCCUGAUAAUCAGUGGGCUAAACAUAAAUAGCUCAGGUCUGUCUUUACCCUGCAUGCCUGCACUGACUGAGAUCAACAUAUCAAACAACAAACUUAAUGCAACACCUAGCAGCUUAGGUUGCUCUCCUCUUAAAGUGAUCAAUGUGAGAAACAAUGACUUUAUGACCCUAAACUAUUCUUUGGUUGAGGUUGUGUCCACAAAUCUGACUACAGUGUAUAUUAGCGGCAGCCAUUUCAACUGCUGUGACAGCAGAUGGUUGACAGUCUUGAUUGACAUGAGGGUUAAGCUGCCUGACAUUAGCCAGGCCGAUUGCUUUACACAAGCGAGGAACUUGACGAUGUCAGAAUACCUAAAAAGUCCUUUGUUUUACUGUUCCUUUGAAAGAGAUGGGCAGGGAGUUCAUUUUGGAAGAAUGGUCGUAACAUUGUUAUUUGUGACUGUAUUAUCAAUAGUGCUCAUUUUUUUUAGCAGGAAGCUUUGUUGCACUCAAGGAUCUUCUGUGGUGUGAUAUUUACAAAGUCUGCACUGUGUAAAGCUCCAGCUAAAUGUUUAAAUGCUGCUCUUUUUACCACGUGGAAUGAUGAUGGAACAUAAAAUUGCAAUCAUGUUCAAAAAACAAGACCUGGGUGGUUUGAGAUAAUUUGUCCUUGAUGUUCUUGAAUCCAUAGUGUCAACAACAAAAAAAAGUCUAUGUUUGUACAGAAAGUAUAGUCUGUAUAGCUUUAACCAAUAACUGAUCAAUUUUUAAAUACUUUUUGAUUGUUGCUUUUAUCCUGAUUGGCCAUGGGCAAAACACUCAAAUGUUGUUUAUAAAAAAAAAAAUCCCUGAAAUUGUUUGUUGUUGCUUAUAAGUAGGUAUGAUUUUUAGUUUUAAUCAAAGUUUAAAAUGACAGUAAUGUCUUUGAUGAGUGCAUGUUUAACCUCUGGCCAGAACUUUACGUUUAAAGUCGGCAAUCAACACUCAAAGGCAAACUGGACAACAGAUCAGCUUUCCUGAUAACUCCUGGGAGUUUCACUUUGCUUGACUCCGAAAAGUGUCUGCGAAAACAAUUGUCUUCUUUUGAACUAAAGGAAGCAAAAUUUCCUGUAUAAAUUGGCACAUGUGAAGCUUUCUGCACAUCUUUACAAAACAUGUCACUUCACAUCACCAACUCAGUGCAAAAGUUGUGCUUUGAAUCGACACCAAGGCUCCCAAUAUGUGUUGACUACAGAGGGACAGAUCCGCUGCCCGAACUUUGUGAAACAUUUGUUAGCAUAUCAAACUGCAGCUUGAGCUGAAAUACUUUGGAUAUGAAGCCUUUCACAAGAUUCCCAGAAUAAAGAAUGGAGAAAUCCAAGCAAGAAUCAUCAAAAGGAAAAUUACAGUAACACUUUCAGCAUGAACCCUUGCGAAAAUGAUAUACGGUUCCCUUCAAACAUCAAACAUCAAUCUGAGUUUUGUAACUGACGUAGAUUUAACCCUGGAAGAUGUCAUUCUGCAUCAGUCUUGCUGCACUUAAUAAAUAUGCUGUACUUAAUAAUUACCACAAUAUGUUGGCAGUCUUUAUUUAAGAGUCUGAAUCUUCUGGUUUAAUACCUACAGAUAAAUCAUACGAAGUUGGAUGUGGAUCAGUUUCCCUUUCUGUGAAUUUCAGCUUCUAUUUAGUUGUUUUUGUUUUUUUUAGUCCAGCAGAUGUUCUUCCUGUAAACCAUAAAAUACGGUAGCGUAAAAAAAAAAAGAACAGUUGUGUUAAAACGCAAAGCUUUUGUGCACUAAAAGAAAUGCAACAUAAUAAAUUACUUUAAAAAGUUGUUUCCACCUAUUAUAUGACAU